AUGAGGCCUAGGGAAGACGCAAGCAGCUUGCUGCAGCUGCUGCAGCAGCAGCAGCAACAGCAGCGGGCGUUGCUGCUGCAGCAGCAGCAGCAGCAACCUUGGCAGCAGCCACGGCAGCAACAACAGCAACAGCUGCAGCAACUGCCGCAGCAACAGCAACAGCAGCAGCUUGACCAACAGCCGCAGCUGCUGCUGGUCAAACUGCUGCCGUUGCAGCAGCAGCAGCAGCAGCAGCAGCAGCAGCAGCAGCAGCAGCAGAAGCAGCAGCUUGCUGACUUCCGCGAGGCACUGCUGCUGCAGGGCCUUCUCCGAGGGCCCCACAUCGCCUCCGCAACUCUUAUAGCGCUGAACUACCUGCAGCAGCAGCAGCAGCAGCAGCAGCAGCAGCAGCAGCCUAUGCAGCAGCAGCAGCAUCAUAGGCAGCAGCAGCAGCACCGUAGGGACCCGCAGCAGCGGCAGCAGCUCAAGCAGCAGCAGCAGCGGCAGCAGCUCAAACAGCAGCAGCAGCAGCGCGCUGCGCUGAACACUCAUGCCGAAGCUCCCAAACCCUAA